AUGGAGGGGACGACACUGACAUUGGGAGAGGAGAAGCCACAGAAGCGGGUGAGGUUCCGCGUGGCUUCGGGAAACAGUGGCCGUGUCCUCAAGGAGAUGUUCAAGGAUGAGGGCCCUUCGGACUCCUUGGACUCGGACUGCACCGGCAGCUCGGAUGCGGAACGGGCCAGCACCCCUUCUACAAGUGGAGAUGCAAACGGACCCCUGUACAGUUUUUUGGGCUCUGAGCUGGAUGACAGUGAAAGUGAGCCUGAUGACCUGCUGGUGUACGCGGGAGUCACCAGAGACAGGACGUUCACUAUCAAGAGGGUGAACAUCCUGAGCAAAAACGGGACAGUGAGGGGCGUCAAGGACAAAGUCAGUGCAGGCCAAGCAUUGUUUGAAAACCUCCCAACAUCCAGUGGUCCUGAGUCAUCGCUUGAGUUUGGGAGGAUAGUGAUCUACACUACGAGCUUCCGUGUGGUGAGGACCACUUUUGAACGAUGUGAGCUUGUCCGAAAAAUCUUCCAGAACCACAGGGUGAAGUUUGUCGAGAAGAACAUCGCCCUGGACAGCGAGUAUGGAAAGGAGCUGGAGGAGCGAUGCAAACGUGUGGGGGAACCUCCUUCACUACCUGUCGUGUUCGUCGAUGGACACUACCUUGGGGGCGCUGAGAAAAUACUAGAUAUGAAUGAAUCAGGAGAACUGCAAGAUCUCCUUACAAAAAUUGAGAGGGUACAGCAGCCCCAGACGUGCCAGACCUGUGGGGGCUUUGCCUUCAUCCCAUGCCCAAUGUGCCAUGGCAGCAAGAUGUCUGUGUUUCGCAACUGUUUCACGGACUCUUUCAAAGCCCUUAAGUGCACUUCCUGUAACGAGAACGGCCUGCAGCCCUGUGUGAGCUGCAGCCAAUGA